UGAAAUUCUAUAUUAAUUCUUAACAUUUACCUUUAUCUUGUUUUUGUUCCUAAGAACGUUUUCUAAAAUUCUCCAAAAUGGGCCCAAAAGUAUGAAAUCCAAAUUGAGCCCAAAGUUGUGAUCCAGUGAAACGAUAAAGCUCUCACGAGGUUCAAGCUCCCACAAGCUCAGAUCGUGGGCGGUAAAAGAAACGGUUAACUAAUUGUAAAAAAUGAUUUUUUUUUUUCUACUUCACUAAAAUAUUACAGUUUUUUUUAGCAAAAGUAAAAGUUUCGAGAAACUCUGAAAAAGCAGUUUUCAAUCUUAGGAGCAGUGUAUGUGUCAUGUACAUCGAGAUGGAGAAUUUUCGUUACCUGAAAUUUUUCUUCUUCUUCAUCUUUGUAAUAUUAUCUCCUUCUGAAGCAGGAAAUAUAGUAGACAAAAGCUCUGUUUUCCUUGUUGAUGUCCGUAGCUUUGGUGCUCGAGCUAAUGACCACAGAGACCACACCAAGGCCUUUGUAGCAGCAUGGGACAAAGCAUGCAAAUCAUCUUCAAGCUCUGUGAAUCUUAUAAUCCCAAGAGGUGAAUUCUCUGUUGGUUCUCUCAGAUUCUCUGGUCCUUGCACUAAUGUAUCCAAUCUCACUGUCCGAGUUAAGGGUCAUCUCAAGGCAUCAACUGAUCUGUCAAAGUAUAGAUCAGGCGGUGGUUGGAUUCAGUUUGGAUGGAUCAAUGGCUUAACUCUUACCGGAGGUGGAACAUUUGACGGUCAAGGCGCUUUAGCUUGGCCGUUUAAUAACUGUACUUCUGAUUCUAACUGCAAACUCCUUCCAACUAGCUUGAAGUUUGUGGGGAUGAACAGAACAGUUGUGAGAAGGAUAAGCUCAGUGAAUAGCAAGUUCUUUCAUAUAGCAUUAGUAGAAUGCAGAGACUUCAAAGGGACAAGACUCAACAUCACUGCUCCUUCUGAUAGUCCAAAUACAGAUGGUAUACAUAUCGAACGCAGUUCGAAUGUGUAUUUCUCGCGUUCACAUAUCGCAACUGGAGAUGAUUGUGUCUCGAUAGGACAAGGAAAUUCUCAGAUUACAAUCACAAGUAUCAAAUGUGGACCAGGACAUGGUAUCAGCGUUGGGAGUUUAGGGAGAUAUCCAAAUGAGAAAGAUGUUAAUGGACUGGUGGUGAAGGAUUGCAAGAUAAGCGGUACGACGAAUGGGAUAAGGAUCAAAACUUGGGCUAAUUCUCCUGGUCUAAGUGCUGCUACCAACAUGACUUUUGAGAAUAUUAUUAUGAACAAUGUGACUAAUCCAAUCAUCAUUGAUCAGUCUUAUUGUCCUUUCUCUUCUUGCAUUUCAAAUGUACCUUCAAAGGUUGAGCUGAGUGAGAUAUACUUCAAGAAUAUAAGAGGGACAUCAUCUUCACUGGUCGCGGUGCAGCUGCAUUGUAGCAGAGGAAUGCCAUGUAAAAAAGUGUACUUAGAGAAUGUUCAUCUUGAUCUUUCUUCGUCUGAUGGAGGAAGAAAACAGAGUAGUAACAGAGGAAAUGAAGCUGUCUCUUCUUCUUGUAGAAACGUUAGAGCUAAUUACAUUGGGACUCAAAUCCCACCUCCAUGUCACUAAUCAUCAUCAUCAUCAUUACUAUCGUCAAUUCAUCAUUUUGAAGUUUAUCUAGUACUUAAACUUUUGUGCUUUCUUUUUGGACACGUUAUCUUCAUAUGGUCAUAUUAAGUUUGCUACUUUUGUUGUCUAUAGAUAAAGUGCUACUACGCUAAGGAAUAUUUUUGGCUAAAUAAUAAAAGAAAUAUGACAAGAAAAAACUGGUUG